AUGACCUACGAGUAUGGAAGCUCACGCUUUCUAUCAAAAAAAGGAUUUGAUGUAAAAUCCUACGGAACAGGGGAUAAAGUUAAAAUCCCUGGUUCAGCGGCAGAUAAACCUAAUAUAUACGACUUUGGAACAUCAUAUGAGGAGAUAUAUUUAGAUCUAUUACAGAAAGACAAAGCACUAAUGGUCUUCUCCAUACAUUGGACCGCAACAGGAGGAUAA